CAAAACGCAUUUCUUCAGUUUAAUUCACCCACAAUCCACUGUAUAAAAGUCCAAGAAGCAGUCUCCUACAAUUUAUUCAUCUCAACACACUCAAAAUAACUUUACAGACAUAGUAAACAAAAUGUGCACCGUGUGCUAUUUGUGGUUUAUUGCGUGUUCUCUAUUGAUGACAAAUGCAAGUAUUUUAAAUGACUUACAAGAAGCGCAAAAGUUCAUGGAACAAUUGGACUACGAUUAUUCGGUGGCGGUGGCCGACGCUGCAACAGCAGCAGCGGCGCAACAGAGGCCUGUCGCCGACUUGUUAUGGUAUGACUACGGCGGUGGCGUCGGACGGGGAGAAAGCGGGAGUGGUGGCUCAAGUGGCACAAGCGGCGCCGGCUAUUACGGCUCCGGAUCCCCGGUCACGGGUAUGGCCAAGGCCACGCUGUUCGGGGCCGACAAACGGGGUGGCACGGCCCAGUCGAACAACGGUGGCAUAUGGUUUGGGCCACGGUUGGGUCGCAGAAAACGMCGAGGUGGAUCACCGUUUGGUGGUGGCGGUGUCACGCAUGCUGUGGACGGGAACGCGAUCGCGCCGGCCGCUUCGUCGCUGCUGCAACAGGAUCCGUUGGCCGCGGGCUCGACGUCGGCGAUGGCAACUGAACAGGCCGUUGUCACAGAUCUGAUCAACAACGUACCGUGGGUGCUCGUACCGAUCAUCGAUAAUUCCCUAUAUACUCAGAUGCAAAUGAAGCAGAACGCGAGGAACGGAAGAUCGUCGGAAGAGGACGAUGACGACGUUGCAUCGAGGUCGCGGCACUCGGCCCGAUCGCCACCGUACUCGCCACCAUUCUCGCCGCGUCUGGGCCGACAGGCGAUCAUGACCCGACCACAAGUGCCCAGRCUGGGCCGCGAAACGUUGCUAUACCGGCGGGACGCAAGGAACGCGUUGUACCAGCAGUCGAACGCAACGCUGCUCAGACAACAACGACAGCAGCAGCAGCAGAAGCAGCAGCAACAACAGCCACUGCUGCUGUCAGCCACCGAAUCUGUGGCGGCGCGUCGUCAAGCUGUGUAGACGACUUUCGUGGGCUGCAUAACUCGUACUUUGAGCAAAGAGAUUGACACAAGAACGAAACUCACACAUUCAUUAUAAUAUAUGUUAUAUUAUAUAUUAUGAUAUAGCGUAGUCGGUAUUUUUCGUAGUCUAAUAAAAACGAUAACGAUAAUAUU